AUGGACAGUCAAACCUGUGGACAUUAUGCCCUCUUGUUUUUAAAAGCCAAAGCCAAGCAUCCGUCCUUUCAAGAUUUUUUACCGCAAUGGAACUCACAAAAUUUAGUGUUAAAUGAUAGGCGUGCGGGUGAAAAGAUUCAACGUCUAAUUAAGACAGAGCUCACUAGGAAAGAUUUGAGUUGUAAACAAUCCAAUGUAAGCCGUUGUGCCUUUGCUUUUUUUAUGAUUUACAAAAAAUGCGUGUACCCAACUCUGUGUCUUUCAUUCUUGAUCACGUUAAUGCAUGGGGAUGAGCAAAGUGUCAUAGAGGGAUUGGCUUUUACGCAAGCCCAUAUCUAUUUGUUGUAUCAAUGGUACUGUCAUUGUCAUUGGCCCUUGGGUACUUUACAAGACUGGGUGGAGAUUAUGACCCUUGCCAGAUCUCAUCAAUGGUCUGCAUUAAACACCUUUCCGUUGGACAAACCAAUCCUUAAAAAGGUGGUGUUUACUACCCUAGCAUUAGUUUCUCCCAGAUUGUAUAGGGUGUACUGUUAGCAUGAUUACACGUCAGGAUUCCCGUCAAAUCUAUGAGGCCUUUGCCAAAGCCAAGGUACUGUAUAUGAGUCAACAUCCCUAGGAGAUUUUUGACCAAGAUCAAUGGGAUGGGUCUCAUUGGAAGCAGGUGGUUCAAUUGGCUCAACAAUAAGCUUGGGAGGCCAUGAAACACUAUAUUGAAAGGAUGGGGGAAACCAUAAGGGGACACAUGCAGACUCUCAUUCAAUUAGCCUCUUCGCGUUUGUAUCAUACACUUUGGGGCGAACACAUACAGCCAAGCGAAAGGGUAAAAAAGGGGGAGCACGAUUUAGAAGAAAACUCCGUCUAGUGGAUAAAAUUGCAGAAGGCGUUGCCAUGGGUUUGUCAGGGCCCUCUCCCAGUUUUGCUAAAAUGGGCGCCUUUUUAGCCAAGCAGGCCUUCAAGGGUAUAAAAGACAACGUCCAUCAUUAUCAGAGAGGAAAAGGACUUGGUACCGUCUUAUCCACAGCAGCCAAAAUUGGGUAUAAAUUAGGCAAGGACAAAGGGUAUAAACGUAUGGGUGCUGUGGGAGCCACAGGUCAUUACAAGCAUUUUCGUAAACUGUGGAAAACAUGAUUCGUCAACCCGCCAGUGUGAUUAUUGCCAGACCUUCUGGUAGUGGCAAGAGUGAACUCGUUGAAAACCUCUUGAAGGAGAGAAAACUCUUUUAUCCCCCUNUCGUUGAAAACCUCUUGAAGGAGAGAAAACUCUUUUAUCCCCCUCCGAAAAAGAUGGUCUACUGUUACGAUCGAUGGCAACCUCGAUUUGACCGCAUGAAAAAACAAUCCAACGUCUUUUUUUUUACAAAGGUCUUCCUCCUGAAGGAGCGUUAG